UCAAAGUCGCUUCUGCUCCGCCUUAACAUGCGCUAACCUUUAAAAGCCUGUUUCGUAGAAGAAAAAACCCUCAAAAACCCAGAUCUCAUCUCAUCCAAAUCGACGCAUUUCUUCAUCCCCAUUGCAAAAUUCUCAAUAAUCCCAUCACAGAAUCACCAUGCUUUUUCCCCAAAAACCCACUUCAACAUUCCUCCUCCUCACUCUCACCCUUCUUCUACUAGCCUCUUUCUCCAGAAACAUCAAUGCUUCUGAUUACACCAGCGCUGAAGAUGAUUCCGAUGACCUUGAACAGCUUUUAGCCCUGGAUGAACAAGAAGAUCAACAACAACAAGGCCAAGAACAGGAGAUUAGCAAUAGAUUUUCAGAAGCAGAGGUGUUAAGUAAAGCGCAAAGGAUAGUUCUUGAACUUAACAGUGAUAAUUCGAAGAGGGUCAUUGAUGAGAAUGAACUUGUUAUGGUUUUGGGGUAUGCUCCUUGGUGUGUUAGGAGUGCUGAGCUAAUGCCUCAGUUUGCUGAAGCUGCUACUUCUUUGAAAGAAUUGGGAAGUUCCCUUUUGAUGGCUAAGCUUGAUGCUGAACGGUACCCCAAGGUGGCUUCUUUGCUCGACAUCAAAGGAUUCCCUACAUUGCUUUUGUUUGUUAAUGGCACUUCUCAAGCUUAUACUGGUGGAUUUUCAGCCGAAGAAAUAGUGAUAUGGGCAAGGAAGAAGACCGGUGUACCUGUUAUUAGAAUAAGCACGGUGACUGAGGCAGAAGAGUUUCUUAAAAAGCAUCAGAUGUUUGUGAUUGGUCUUUUUGAGAAAUUUAAGGGACCUGAUUAUGAAUCAUUUAUAAAGGCAGCAACCUCUGACAAUGAAAUCCAGUUUGUUGAAACAAGCAGCAUUGAGGUUGCAAAAGUUCUCUACCCAGACAUCCAAGCUACUAAUCUUUUCCUUGGGAUUGUUAAAAGUGAACCAGAAAGAUACAUUGUUUACGAAGGUACCUUUGAGACGGAAAGCAUAUUGCAGUUUCUGGAUUACAACAAGUUUCCAUUGGUUACUAAAUUGACUGAACUGAAUUCUGUCAGAGUUUACUCCAGCCCCAUCAAACUUCAGGUUUAUGUUUUUGCAAAAGCUGAUGAUUUCAAGACACUUCUUGAGCCUCUUCAAGAUGUUGCAAGAAUGUUCACAAAAAAGAUAAUGUUUAUGUAUAUAGACAUCAUGGAUGAAAACCUUGCAAAGCCCUUCUUAACCUUGUUUGGGCUUGAGGAAGCAAAAAACACUUUGGUGACAGCAUUUGAUAACAAAGGCAGCUCGAAAUUCUUGUUGCAGUCUGACCCAACCCCGAGCAACAUAGAAGAGUUUUGCUCAGGGCUUCUGCGCGGUUCUAUCUCAACAUAUUUCAAAUCACAGCCAAUUCCAGAUAACAGAAAUGCAAGUGUCCUAGCUGUUGUUGGAAAAACAUUUGAUGACUUGGUCUUGAACAGUCCCAAGAAUGUUCUUUUAGAGGUCUAUACACCAUGGUGCAUCAAUUGUGAGACCACAAGCAAGCAGGUUGAGAAAUUGGCUAAGCAUUUUAAAGGCGUACACAAUCUAGUCUUUGCAAAGGUUGAUGCUUCUGCUAAUGAACAUCCAAAACUUCAGGUAGAUGACUACCCAACACUCUUAAUAUACAAAGCGGGUGAUAAAGACAACCCGAUCAAACUUUCAACAAAAUCUGGGUCAAAAGAACUAGCAGCUUUCAUUAACAAACACGUGAGAACCAAAGAUCAAGUGGCUAAAGAUGAGCUAUAGACAAUAUAGAAUUAAGAAUACUUAAAACACUUUUAACAGAAUCCCCCUCAAUCCCUCUCCCCCCUAAAGAAAAAGAAAAUGCGCGGGUGAAGAAAGGGGUCCUUGCCUAAGUUUUGCCUCCCUUCAAUAUACAUUUUGACUUAUUACAGUAGUUAGUAGCCAUGUGCAAUAAAAAUUAGCUCCAAAGAUCUUCCACCUAUAAUUUUGGCGUUGGAAAGUGUGUAUCUUGUAAUUUGAUUAUAUUAAUUUGACACAUUGAUGUGUAGGGUAUGACAGCCACUGAGAAAGAGAACUUGAGUUUUGUAUUCUGUAGUUUGAUUUCUGAUGGUUGAU